UUUGCCGCUGGUUUCUAGCGUCAAUGAAAUUGCACCUUUAACCUUCUUUUCUGAUUUUCAUUCUCCUUGGAGUAAAAAUAAAUUUGUUACUAUUGUUACUACUUCGAAAGUAACUGAAAAAAAUGGCCCUUCGAUUAGGACGAAAACACGUCGAAUUAGCUGGAAAAUGGAUUCCAUCUGCUGCGGCUUAUGGAACUGCUGGAACACUGACAUUAUUGUACUUCACUGAUUGGAAAGUAGUAUUGCAAUAUGUUCCUUUCUAUGGUGGUAAAUUUAAGGAAUAGAUCAUAAUAGCCAAAUCAAUUCUUUGAAAUGUUAUGUAAUAAUCCUAUUGGAACAAUAGAGAUUUUAUUGUAUCGUUCUAUUUACAUCUUUUAUUUAUUUAAAUAAGAGUAUCAAUAAAGAACCAUGUAAAUAAUAUGGCAAUAUACAA